AUGGCAGCAGCUGUGGCCCGGCUCCUUUUCUUCCAGCUUUUUCUAGGGCCAGCUCUUUCCGUGGACAUCAAUCUGCAGUCUGACACCGAGAACUUCCGCACCUUAUACAUUGACUAUCCCAAAGUUAAGUUCAUAAAGGGUUUCCUGGGCUACUGUAAUGGUAUGAUGGCCUAUGUGAGGGGAAGAAUAGAGCACUGGUACUGCCCAAAGACUCACUAUGUGAUACAUGCCCCUUGGAAAGCCAUCCAGAAGUCCUGCAAGGCUAGCAAGAGCUUCUGUGAGAACUACAACAAAUACUGCACUCUGACCCAGGACUCCUUCCCUGUCACGGUCUGCAGCCUGGGCGCCAAACAGCCCUCCACAAGCUGCCGCUACAACAGCACCCUAACCAACAAACAUCUGUACCUGCUCUGCUCUGGCAGGUAUGAUGCUGAACCAAUUGGUAUUGUAGGCCUCUACUAG